AUGUGUUGGAAAGAAUCAUCUUUGAUGUGUGUGAAAUGCAUAUUACUGUGCUUGAAUAUUGUAUUUAUUCUUAUUGGCCUGUCAUCCAUCGCUAUCGCUUGCUGGGUGUUAUUCUGGCCCCAAGCCUUUUUAGAUAUGAUUGGUCCUCAUUUGUUGAGAAUAUCAGCAUACUCCACAAUAUCUAUUGGUGGAGUCAUUUUACUGCUAUCAAUUCUCGGGUGUGCCGGUGCUGCCCUUGAAAACCGAUGUAUUUUAGUUACGUUCUUCACGUUGCUGUGUGGUUUGUUCAUGGCUUGUUUAGUUAUUGGAACGUUGGCAACCGUGUUCAGAAGAGAUCUGAUCAUACUGAUGGUUAACCGGAUGAGUAUCGCUGUACAACAAGAAUAUGGAACUUCUGAGUUUUGGACGGAAUUAUUGGAUCUUUUCCAAACAAGGUUAAAAUGUUGUGCUGUUGAAGAUAAUCAAGCAGAUUUAUAUCUACGUUCCGUUUGGUAUUCACGUCAGAUACACCAGUCAUCAAUAUUUGGAAGUAGUGCAAUACCCUUGUUAUCUGAAGAAUAUGAUAUUUUCACUACCAAAAUACCAAUUGUAGCAAAUGUUCCAGUAUCCUGUUGUAUAUAUUCAGCGGAAACAAUGGAGUUUAUGAAUCGUACUGCAUGUCAAACUGGUUCUUUAAAGUCCAGUUUAAAUCCCUAUCUUAAUCCUCAUGGUUGUGCAAAUGUGAUUAUUGCUCUGCUUUACCAAUAUUUCAUCCCAUUAAUAAUAAUGAUAGUUAUAUUAGCUGUACUAAUGAUGGCUGGUCUUAUAUUAGGUUUAUUACUGUUAAGAAGUUUCUCAGUGAAUGAUUAUCCAGAAAUAAGUCUACAUGAAAAUGUCUAA